AACGGUCUUUUCUGUGACGCCACAGGUAAGCGCCUCUCUGAUUGGUCGGUGUAGAGUUCCGGCGCUGCAGCCGCAUUGUUUAAAUUCCCGGAGGCGCUGAGGGUUUAAACAGUCCGGGGUCAGCAGCAGGUCCAGCAGCGGGCAGGUCCAGUAUCAGUGUAUCUUUCCUGACAUAUUGAGUGUUAGCGUGAUGCGGCGUGACACGUCCUCACACAGACGGAAGCAGGUGACUCCAAAGCGCAGGACUCCACCACGCACACGCAGAGGCAGUGGACCCUCAGAGGCGUCACCGAGGAAGAAGCGGAGGUUUCGCCCGGGAAUGAGAGCUCUCAUGGAGAUCCGAAAGUAUCAGAAGUCUACAGACCUGCUGCUGCGUAAAGGACCAUUUUCACGCCUGGUGAGGGAGGUGUGUCAGAUAUUCAGCAGGGAGAAUCUGAUGUGGCAGGCCUAUGCUCUCUUGGCCCUGCAGGAGGCUACAGAGGCGUUCCUUGUCCGUCUCUUCUCCGAUGCUAAUCUGUGUGCGAUUCAUGCUAAGCGUGUGACUCUGUACCCCAAAGACAUCCAGCUGGCUCGAAGAAUCCGAGGAGUGGAGAACAUGUGACCUGCUUUACUUCCUGUUUUAACCUUUUAAAUAGGUGUGUGUGUGUGUGUGUGUGAGGGAGGGGGAGAGAGAGAGAGGUACUAAUCACAAUUUUCCACACAAAGUAUUUAUAGUGGAUAUGUACUGAGUGAGUGUUCAGUGGUUAUAAACCUUCAUUAGGUGUCCGCUACGCCGUGCCAGUGCUACACUAUUUAGCAGAAAAUUGAAUACACAUUUUCCCCCUGACUCCAGUGACAUGGAUGAGAACUGAUGGCUGACAUGAAGGUUUCAUUUCAACUCUUCAACUAGUGUGAAGUAAAAAUAUUUUAUAAAAACACACUGUAUAAUUUAUGCAGUUUUAUUGUACUGUAUUAAUUGUACUGUAAAAUAAUUACAAAUGAUUUUAUUUAAUCCAUGUUUAAUGAUAAAGAUCAUAAGCUGUGAUGAAGUUUGUGUAAUGUACAGUAAUAUGGAAAGCAGCAUUUGAGGAUAUCAUUAGUUCAUUUAUUACUUCUUCCUGUAUGAUGAUCCAUGUGCCAUGUUCCCUACCCAGGCCGCCUCCUCCUGAUCCGAACACCAGGGGGCGCGCUGGUCUCUAUACACGUGUGUGUUGAAUUUUGUGAUAAACCUGUAGCAGUGUGUUGGGAUGAUUAUUAAUAUUAUUAUUCAUCUGAAUUAUUGUAUAAAUGUGUCUCUUCUGCUUGUAUCAUUUAUGACCUUUUGAUGUUUAGGGUUUUUUUUGUAUAAAGUAACUUUUGUAUUUUAAUUUGUACAUAAUGAACUUUUUACUGUUGAUAAAGAUGUUCUGUAAGAGCGCUGACUGUUUCUCUGUUUAUACACAACAUAAAUAAAAACAA